AUGGUUGCCAGCCAUGUCAUCCAGGCUCACUGCUCGGUUGGUAGCACACUCAACUCUCACACUGGUUUCUGCUGUCCCGAUGUGCUUUCCCCUAGCUCGAUUUCUGCUCCCCUAGCUUCGGUUGGUAGCACACUCAACUCUCACACUGGUUUCUGCUGUCCCGAUGCUGCUCCCGUAGCUCGGUUGGGAGCACACUCAACUCUCACACUGGUUUCUGCUGUCCAGGAUGCUGCUCCCGUAGCUCGAUGCUGCUCCCGUAGCUCGGUUGGUAGCACACUCAACUCUCACACUGGUUUUGCUGUCCAGAUGCUGCCCACUGCUCGGUUGGUAGCACACUCAACUCUUUACAUGGUUUCUGCUGUCCAAAAUGCUGCUCCCGUAGCUCGGUGGGACUUUAAGCAGUCUCAAAAGCUAUGGUUCUCUGUGUCAAAUGCUUUUGACCACCCGGUGGCCAUGGCGGUCUUCAGGAGGUUCCUGGAGACGUGUCCACCGAGGGUAGGAACCGUGCAGGACCUACUGCCCUUCUACGCCCUUCCUUAUGUCCCUGAUCCCACCCACCACCCAGCCUUCAGGCCAGUCUUCCAGGAAGCGUGGGUACGUGAGCUUCGAGGUCGUCUCUCUGGCUUCCUGGGACGCCGGACCACCACCACCACCACCUCCCGUCCAGCCAUCUUCUCCUACCUUCACCAUCAUCGUCACCAUUCAUCCAGUGUAGGGGCUGCGCUGGUGGCGCAGGAGUCAGCAGCGUCAGCAGUGAGAUCGCAGAGAGUGCUCCGGCGGCGUCUGCAGCGCCUUCAGGAAGAUUACCAUAAACUGAUAGGUGUAUCGUGGGAGCUGACACAAGCACUGGAGGCAGCAGUGAGAGGUGAACGAGUGGACCUGGAAGGUACUCUAGCAGCCUGCACUCACCGCUACCCAGAACUCUUCACUCUCACGCUAACUGCCGACACUAAGGCGGGUCCAGCGACCAUCCUAUUUGGAGUGGGGAUGCACAGUGUCUGGGCCGGCCCGGGUUUUUCCGGCUCCCGAAACCCGCCCAAGUUUUCCCCCAGUCCGGGUGUGGUGCAGGGGGCGCUGAUCGAGGGUGGUGCUGUGGAAUGGCUAGUGAAUACCCUGGCAGAGGUGCGCACCCUCACACCCUACACUCAGGAGUAUGCAUCAGCACUCUUCAUGAACCUAACACUGCGCUCCGCUGGUCGUGCUCGCUGCCACCCACUAGCAGCCAAACUUCUCCCGGCGCUCAUCCAACUUCUCACCUCCGUCCAAACUCACGUGGUGCCAUAUGUGACGGGUGCCCUGUACAGCCUACUGUCACACUCCAGCCUACGCCAGGAGGCCUUCACCAUGGGUCUGGACUCAACACUCGAGCGACUGGCACAGGUUCGCGAUUCCUUCCUCAGGUCGGCGCCUGUGAUCCCUUGGGAUCCUGGACGGGGCCAUAGCACUGACCAGCGAACCCACAACAACAACCCGCGGCCCAAUUCGGACGGCUUCGUUACCCAGGUACAGCUGGCGUUAGAGAUGGGAAGAGGCAAAGACGGUGAUGAUGGAGGUGAGGGAGGUGCUGAGAAUUACCGGGAGGUAUGGGGAGAGAGUCAGGAAGUGGAGUUGUCACUCCCACUCCAUGGAGCCGCCACCACACCACCACGUCCUCAUUCACCUCACGACUUUGUUCCACCUGACCAACACAACCUGGCAAGAGCUCUCGUCCCAUACUUCACUAGACAACCUCACCACCACGAUCCUCAUCACUACCUCAAAAACUCGUCAGGGACAUCCAACAUGAGUCCAGCACUCAUCAACGAGAAUGGUGACGAAGACAUGACCAUCGUGUCAUCCAGGUCGACCUCUGACCCGCCUGCAGAAGAACAACAACAACCACACUCGCUCGGCAACACCACCUUCAGAAUAGGCAGCAAUGUGCACGACAAAAUAAUAGAAGAAGAGGAGAAAGUUCUGAAUGCAGCGAGGGUCACACACAGUCCUCCAGCGAGGGUCACACACAGUCCUCCAGCGAGAGUGGCACACAGUCCUCCAGCGAGGGACAUCGAUGUGGGAAAGGAUUUUCAGUUCAGCAACAUAGUAACCGCUGCUUCUGACGAUGGUCCAACGAUGGAUUUAUCCGGAGAGUCUGUGGAUCCCGAGAAUGAAACUACGGAAGCUGAACGGAAAGUGGCGGUGGAGGAACCACAAGAAAGUCCCGUGGAAAAGGAAGAUGGAAAAAAAAGCCACCAAGAUGUAAAGAGAAUCCUGCCGCCUGCGGCAGCUUCUCCACCUCCGCCACCCAAACCAGGCACCAGAGACACAGUGGUUGCUGCUGCUGCAAGUGACGGAGGCACUCAGCACGCUGUCUGCUUGAUGCCACCUUCGGAAGCACCUAUGGAGCCACCUGACAGAGCUUCUGAGGUAGCUCCUAAGGGAGUAUCACCAGACGCAUCUAAGGGGACUCGGUCAGGGGUGCCUAAAAACAUACAAGGUGCUGCUGCUGAAACACGUAAACUGGCAUCAAAGAACGCCCCAAAAGGAGUACAUACGGUGUCACCAGGGACACCCCAGGGUGCACCUCAAGGGUCAACAGGUGCGUCACAAGGGGCUAGAGACAUGCCUGGCCGAGCCUCCGAAGCAAAAGUUCUUGCUCGAAGGAAAGCGUGA